GAAAGAGAGAACCGAUCGCUAGAUGAGAGCGCCGCCACUCUCUCCGGCAGCCCACAUGGCGGCAGGUCCCAAGAGAGGGGGACGAAUGGGGGGCAUACAAUGCUGGUGGGACAACUGGCAGCUGCAAUGCUAGCAAAAUUGCGUCUGUCCAAUUAACACUUGGCCACAUAAUUAAAUUGGACAUUGCGGCCGUCUUUGGCGCGCUGAAUCACAGAUUUCAAAUGGGAACCGAAACGCACCUGGCAAUGCCGUGACUAACUGCCAGAGCUCGGCUUGUCAAGCAGGUGUGUGAGCAGGUUCGCUAUAUUCCGCCGAUCGAGAGCCAAAGCUGGGCCAGUAGCCAUCCCGUUCACUCUGCGGUACCUCUGCCUUACGGGGCGAUGUAAACAACAAGGCUGAAGAGUAACAGCAACAGUUGUGCCAGCGAUUAGUCAACUGGAAACGGUUGCCGAGAGCAACAGCAACAACACAACAACGAACGGCCGCAGAGGAAGAACAAGAGAACAAGAACAGGGCGCUUGGAAAAAUGUUGAGCGGGGAAAAAGAAUAAUCGUUUAAUUCGCCUAAAUUGGGUGCCCGUGAAAAAAGCUGUGUUUAAUUAGUCCCAAUCAGGGGCAACCGUCGCACAGGAGGUGCUCAUUUGCCAUACGCCACUCAGUCGCCAUGGAACCGAGAACGCGCGGAUUUGGAAGCGGACACCGCCCAGUUCUGUUGCUUGGCCUCGUGGCCAUGUGCUGCUGUUUGCUGCCAGGAGUGGCACCCGCUCCGGAGGAGAACCCUGUUUACUACUACGUCGGUUGCUACACUGCGAGGACGGAUCUGCUGAAGGAAUCCGUGUACGCCAAGACCCCGCAGACCUGCAUUGAGAUCUGCGAACACCAGGAGCACCACUAUGCCGUCCUGGCGGGGGAGAAGUGCUUCUGCGCGAACGCCAUUGUGCCGACGGAGGAGCAGGAUGAGCAGCUAUGCAACACCCGCUGCCUGGCCAACAAAGCGCAGUACUGCGGCGGCGUCGGUGUGCAUUCGUAUUACUCCACGACGCCGACCAGGCAGCCGGCGCCGCAUCAUCUGCAUGUGGCCAACAAGACAGAGAAUAGCCUCACUGUCGCCUGGGACGCCUAUGAGCCGAGGAAACUCCUGCUCGCAGGAGCAGCGGAGGCGGUCUUGCCGAACCAGCAGCUGGCCAGCUUCCUGAUUCGCGCCCAGGUGUUGAAAACGUUCUCUUCGCUGCCGGCUUUUCCCCAACCAGAGUUUAUGGUGCAGAGCUCGGAGACUAAGUUCGAGCUCACGGAUCUGCAGCCCGCUACGCUGUACAACGUCACCGUACGUGCCAUCUGCCGGGAACAGCCGCAAGGGGAGGCUGAGUGCGGCCAGGCGACGCUGCAGGCCAGGACAGAGGUGGGUCUACCUAGUCCUGCUCCCGCGCAACCCAAAAUUCUCAGCCGCACCGAUCGCACGAUCACCGUGGAACUUGCUCCCUUACGGAAUGACAAUGGACCGGUGAGUCAGCUUCUCGUCAUUGUAGAGUAUGUGGACAAUGCGCUUAGCCAGCCCUUUGACGCCCAACUUUUGGGAAGUUGGCAAAAGGCACAACAGGAUGGAGUGCCCUACUACGUAGCCGCAGAGUUGGAUUACGACCGACCGGAGGACAAUCGAACCCGGAGCUUUGUUGUGGGCGAUGGUAAGCGUUAUGGACGCUAUCACAAUGCACCUUUGGAUCAGCCAAAUGCUCAUGUCCACAUCAGUUUGGGAGUGGUGAGCACCCUCGAGGGCGUGACUAAGACGCUAUACAGCCGUGGGACCCACGACCAGCACGUUUCCUCCCUGGACGAUUUCAGCUACGCCACCUUCGAUAAGGGCCAGUCCUCAGUGGUAGCCUUGGCCGUUACCUGCGUAAUCUUUGGCACCUGCCUACUGCUUAGCCUCAUUGCAUACUUCUAUCUACGCUACAAGACCUGUCGCGGUCGAAGAUUGACAGGGCGGAAUGGCCACGAAAUGACCCUGCAGACACCAAUCAUUGAGAGAGAGAACAACGGCUACCUGGUGGAGGAUGAACCACUGCCACAUUCGCCGGAAAACUUUAAGCAUCAACUGCAACAGCUGGUGGAGGGAUUCGAGCGAAUACCAAGGAACGGCUUGCGGCUAAAUGUGAACGAUGUGAUCGGGGACGGACGCUUUGGAGAGAUCAUAACAGGAAAGGUUUCCGCGAACGACACUAUUCGGGAUUGCACUUUGCACGUGCUUUGUCUGGAUGACCUGAAUGGAGUUACCCAAUCCCAAUUGCUAAGAGAGAUGCGCCAGCUUGCACAUUUGAAGCGCCAGGAGCACUUGCUGGAUUUCUAUGGAGUGUCAGCCAGUCCUGACUGGUUCUACCUAAUCUUCGAGCAGCAGCGCGUGAGUCUCAAGCGUAGGCUCGUGGAGAGUCGCCUGAUGACGCCUUCACCGCGAAUCACUUCCCUCUCCGAGCAACUGGUGCUGCAGUGGAUUUACGAGCUGGCCAGUGCCAUGUCCUACCUAACCAGCUGUCAGGUUGUGCAUCGUCAGCUCUGCUCACACAGCAUUUUCGUGACCGGUGAGUCCAAGCUGAAGCUGAGCGUCUUUGGGCCGCUGCAGUUUAUGAACACCAAUCGCCAGCAGCCGGACCACAGCAGAUGGCUGGCCCCGGAGGUGCUGCGUCACCAGCAUCAUCACUCCCCUCGCUCCGAUGUUUGGUCGCUGGCAUGCGUGGCCUGGGAGUGCUGCUCCCUGGGCGGUACUCCUUAUGCCAACGUUGUUGCCAAUAACCAGCAGCUCCUCGAAGCCAUAAGGGUAGCAGUACGUCCUGCACAGCCGGCGUACGUCUACGGGGAUCUCUAUCAACUACUGCUCAACUGCUGGCAGCUGGAGCCGAGCGAGCGCAGCAGCUGUGAGGACGUGGCAUUCGGAGUACGUCAGCUGAUGACUUCACCGCGCCAUGCCCUCAGCUUCGAUCGAGUGGCGGGCGGACUGGACACCCCCCCAUACAUGCCUCAGCUGGAGACGAUUGCGUCAAUGGGAUGAGAUGUGUAGCCGAAUAGAAUAAUUAGUUUUAGACAGAGGGACAGUAGAUUUCGGUUAUGAGUCACUCUUUUGCUAAGAGAAAUAUCUCUUACGAAUAAGUUUUUUUGCAUUUUGAUUUUGAGUGUGUUUGCACGCAGUUAAGUGAGUUUAAAAUUGUUUGAUUUAAAUUAUUCUUUACGUUUUGACUAGUUCUCAAAAGAAAAUAGAUCAUAGGAUAUCUUUUAAUGCAUCGUUUUACGAAUUAUAUGUUUAGUUCAGUAUUGCAAACUUGAUGAUACAUUUAGUUUGCUUUAUUUAUUGUUUUUUUCCUAUCCUUUAACCGACAUCUACUGCAUAUAAGAACACAAUCUCUAGAAUCUGAAACACUUUUAUGUAAAUAUUUACAUAAAAUGCACUGCAAAUAAAGUCGCGUUCUAUGUCACA